UUUGGUGAGGUGAUUUGCAUCUUGCAUCGGCCAUUAUUGGCAAUCCAAAGCUAUUGGUCAUUGGAAAAAGAAAAAUAGCGAAAUUAAAUUAAAGUUUGGAUACCAGCACAAGCAUAUAAAUAAACAAGUUGCAGCGUACCGAACAAAAUGGAUCUUGCUGGAAUACCGGGUUUGUUAAGAAGAGAAGACAUUCUUCUAGAGGAAGAUAUCGAGAAGAAGGAUCCGAUCGAUUUAUUUCGGAAGUGGUUUCAACAACUCAAGGAAGACCCCGGAACAAUAAUGGAACCCAGUGCCAUGCACCUGACCACAUGCACAAAGGAUGGUGUACCAUCCGGACGUUUGGUGCUGUUAAAAGGAUUCGCAGAAGACGGCUUUAGAUUCUUCACUCAUUACCAGAGCAGGAAAGGUCAAGAGCUGGAGGAAAACCCCAGGGCUGCAAUUACAUUCAAUUGGACACAUAUGAGUAGACAAGUACGAGUUGAAGGCGAAGUGGAAAAACUGCCGGUCCAAGCUGCUAAUGAGUAUUACAACCAGAGGCGAUAUGACAGCCAAAUUUCAUCACUAUGCAGUGGCAAAGAUACGAGUAAACCAGUUCCAAGCAGAGCUGUAUUGCUUCAGAAACAGAAGUUUUUGAAGGAACUUUACAGAGAAGGACGCGUCCCCAUGCCAGAACUUUGGGGUGGCUAUUUGCUCAAGCCAAAAAUGGUUGAGUUUUGGCAAGGCAAACACAAUGGCAUCGAUGACCGCAUCAGAUUUCGCCGCCCUGCAGCCAAUGAAGUAGUGGAUGGCGUGUUAACAAAACCUGGAGAGAAUGGAUGGGUUUAUGAGAGAUUAUAUCCUUAUAUUUGAGAACCGGUUCUCCUAUUAAUUAUCGCAUUUAUGUUUUCUUAAUGUUAUACGCUUAGUUGAGAACCGUUUCUCCUAUUAAUUAUCACACUUAUGUUUUCUUAAUGUUAUAUGCUUAGAUUUA